CUCAGAGCCAGCCAGUGAGCAAACAGCAGAACUUGUAGCUCAGCAUACUGCGUUGAGACAGUGGGAUGGACAAAACAGUGCAAAGCACACACACUCUGCUGGCACAGGCACUACUGUUGUACCUGUGUUCCCAGGUAUUCUGUCAACAGUGCUCCAGGUCGUGCCAGUGUCCCAGCUCUGUACCAACCUGCCCUGAUGGCGUUUCUCUCGUUCUGGAUGGAUGUGGAUGCUGCAAAAUCUGUGCACGCCAGAAGGGUGAAGCCUGCACUGACAUACUUGUGUGUGACAAGCAGAAGGGGCUGGAAUGCGACUACAGCGCCAGCUUCCCUGGAGAUCCAGGAGAGUGUGACGGUCAAGAAGAGUUGGGUUGUGAGCUGAAUGGCAUCUCAUAUGUGGAUGGUGAGGUGUUCCAGCCGUCCUGCCGCACCCAGUGCAAAUGUGCAGGUGGAGGAGUGACCUGUGUGCCCCUGUGCCCUGAAGAUGUCCGCUUGCCCAGCUCAGACUGCCCAUAUCCUCAAAGGGUCCAAAUGCCAGGAAAGUGCUGUAAGGAGUGGGUGUGUGAGACCUCGGACAACAGUGUGCAACAGGAUGUUCAAACAGCUUACAAUGAAGUCCAACUGUUGCCUGCACUUCCUGGGUACCAAGUGAGCCCCAGCUUUAACUGUAUAUAUCAGAGAACAGAGUGGAGUGCCUGCUCACGUACGUGUGGCCCGGGGAUCUCCACACGUGUGAGCAACCAGAACGCGGCCUGUAGAUUUGAGCAACAGAUGAGACUGUGUAUGAUCCGACCAUGCCAGGCUUUGCCACUUCAAACACCAGUGUGGCCAAGGACGUGCCAGGCGAGCUACAGGCCGAAUGUUCCCACAACCCUGUUCCAUCAAGGAUGCUACAGCACACAAUUUUACCGUCCACGUUACUGUGGCCUCUGCACUGACGGUCGAUGUUGCACACCAUAUCUGACCCACACCGUCCCAGUCACCUUCCGCUGCCCAGGGGGCCGCCUCUUACGCCAAGCUGCCAUGAUAAUUAGGUCCUGUGUUUGUCAUUACAACUGCCCCAACAGGAAGCUUGGUCAGUUGGAAUAGAGACUCUCAUGCACUGAUUCACACAAAGCCCAGUUUGAAGCCUAGAAAGAAUAGCACUUUGCACAUACCACAGUAUUUUUUUUUAUAUAUUUUUAAAUCCUGGGCCACUGGGUCUGUGUUAUACAGGAGACUUCUUUCUUGCUUUUCUCCUUGCGAACUCUUUCAUCAACUCUGCCAGGGUCCAGCUUUUUUAACAAGCUCCAGCUCAAUGGCUUGCACUGACAGCAUAUUGAGUCUUCUUUAGCCAAUGUUUGUUCAGAAUUUGCUUUUAUUCCAAGCCAUUUGGCAAAAUUGUCAAAAUGGGAAAAUUUUCUCUUCUUUUCAUCAACACCCUAAAUAUGGGUGUACUAUGUUUUUUGCAUUUCCUCCUAUCUUUAGUUAGGAUCUAAAUGAAUGCUCCUUGGGUCCAAAUUCAGACGUACACACUAAUAAUAUUUCAGAAUUGAUUUCAUAUUCUCUGAUUCAUCUGGAUUCCUUUAGAUUCUGUAAACUCACUGCUGUGGCACAGUGUAAUGGUUAAUCAGUCUAAUCACUCAGUUCAAAUCUAUGCUUGUUGGAGACCACAUCGUUAGCAGAGCCUUGGCAUCUGCUUAAUAGCCCCAGUCUCUGAUCCCUACUGGUACAUUAUGUAAUUUCAUAUAACAAGCUUGCAAUUACACUUAGAUUUCUUGUGGCAUUGGUUGAGUAGUGGGCUAGCCUGAUUCUUCACUUAUAGCCUGUGUAUAUAAAAUCAGUCUUUUUUUAAUGUGAUCAGAAUUUCAUACAUUUCUGGAUUUGAUAAGCAAAGAGAAGCCAGAUUCAGUUACUCAUCUCUCUUAGGGUUAUAUGAUGGCAGCUAUUAGUCCUGAGCGCUUACGGCUUCCUAUGUAAUUUAAUUUCAAUCACUUGUACAUUUUCUAUCACUCAAUGUUGAACAUUUUAGUCAACUUAGAUUUUUUUUUACCUCAUACAAACACCGGAAAACUUUUCCCCCCCAAAAAAUGUAACUUCUAUAUGUGAUUCUAACAUAUUAAUUUUUGUUUUAUUGUUUUUUUUUUUAAUCACUCAUGCCCAGACAGAAAAAGUUAUCUUAUCUUAUGAUGGUUUCCUGUGCCUUUCCAUUCUUUCUAUCAAUUCAAUUUUAAUAUUACUAAACCAAUGACGAUAUAAAUCUCAUUUUAGAGACUUUCAUAUCCAGGCAGCCACUUGAAUAAGUGCUUGUAUAACCUUGUAAAGAGACACCAACUGUCGAUGUUUCUCAUGUAAUUUGCUGUACAUAUUUGUAAAUGCACUUAUAACAAUAUAUAUAUAUAUAUGUUGGUUUAUAAUUUAUGUGUCCUCAAAACAUUAUAGAUUGCUUGUCUGAGUCAAA